AUGGGCCAACAGCCCAAAGUCCUCGAGGUUGAUUUUGUUCCAAUGUCUAGUUUCUCUUCUUGCUCUUCUCCUUCCUUCGCUAGUUACGGUGCUACUACUACCCAUCCACGCGCCGCCCCAGUUCCCCCAAUUUCAUGCGGCCCAAGGCCCAGGAGGAAGCAACCCAGCCACAAUUCCGAAGCUCAAGAACUGGUUCGUUUGCUCACGCACAAGAUAAGCGACAAAGAGCCUCUCCUCAAGACUCUCAACAAGUAUGUGAAGCAGGUCAGAACCGAACAUUGCUUUUUGCUCUUCGAACAACUCGGCAAGGAAGACAAAUGGCUCCAAUGCAUUGAGGUCCCUUCUCCUUCUCUCUCCUCUCUCUCUCUCUCUCUCUCUCUCUGUUCCGCAGUAAUGAAAUUUGUGUCUGCUGCUCAAACAUUUUCUGUUUUCGGUAUAUUUAUCUUCACUUUAUAA